AUGAUAAGGCGGAAGGAUGAUCGGUCAGCAGAGCUUGAGCAGGUUUACGACUGCCCCUCGGCCGACGGCGACGAGAUGCGGAUUGGGAUAUGUUGCGAUUUGAACUUGCGCCAGGUACUCGACCAAUCCAGCGCUGUACCGGGCCAGCCCUACCGGUCUACUACACAUCGUACAGGUGGUGUAGUCACAAAUCCCUGCUCCUGCAUACCAUUGCGCGAAGAGCAUAAUUCUGUGCAGCGGAAUGACGAAAGCUGUUCCGACCGUUGCCAUCCAGUAAUCAAAUGCGUUGCUUUUCCUGAUUUCUGCUUCCGGGUGCCGACCGUUGUGCCCGGCGUAGUUCUAGAAAGCCGUUUCUUCAUCCGUUCAGCAGCCAUUAAUGAUUAUUCCAGUAGUGAUGCUGUGAAGAUGUGCAGUAAUCAACUGAAGCACGACCGGCAAUGUAUCGGAAAGGCCUUCCGAUAUUUCGAUCAAUACAAGUCGCGAUCGAGAGAUACACGAUUGCGGUGCGUCAUGAAGCAGCCCCGAUGUCCUCGGUGGAUUUCGAUCGAGAGAGCACCGCGUGUCUUCAACCAUGGAUGCCUCCGACCUCUCGCGCUGCCUUGCGAAAAUCAGGAGCCGAAUAAUAAUGGCCCUCCCCUCCUGACCGGAAGAGCCGCAAACAGUUCCGUAAGGCUGCUUGUCGGCAGCGCAUUCCGAGCGUGCGCAGUGGAGAUUUUGGAGCGAUCGAGAAAUGCAUGUGCCAUCGAACCGCGCGAUUCGAUCUCGAUAUCUGCUUCCUGCACUCCUGACGACCACGAAUUUCUGACCCAGAACUUCAGCCGUUGGGCAGUGGGCUUGAGAGAAGAUGUUGGUCGGGACGUUGGCAGACAUUCACGGCUCCGAUAUCACAGUGGACGCGCCUACAUCUACACUCUCAUCGGACCGAUCGCGGUCGCAGGAAGAUUGACUUGGAGUGUAUGCCCAGGUGUCAGGGUCCAUCACGUGCCUGAUGCCUGA